CCUCCUCCUCCUCUUCCCAUUAUCUCCCUCCCUCCUCAGGUCUCCCUCUCGGAUUCCACUUGCUGGAACUGUUUCAUCGGGAGCGAUCAGCCUCGAGAAGGAUCCUGUAUACUACGAGGACAGGCAACUUCUUAGAACCUGGAGAUCUGUAUUUCCUUCUUGCCUGGAUUGUCCACUUUUUAUUUAUUUUAAAAAAAAAUUAAGGGCACCUUCUAGUCCAGGGGGGGUUAUCCAAAGACGGACAUCUACGUCUUCUCUCUUCUUCCUGCUGAGGACAACCUAAUUCUGGACCCUCCAUUUGGACCUGUGACCCAGGACAUGGACCUUUCUUCUUGACCCUUGGCCCCGGUAAACUUGUCAUUUUCUGAUGAAUGCCCAGUCGUUCUGGACACAGCAAUUCACGGUGAAUGACGCUGAAUAUGCCCCGCAGUCCCACUUCCAGUGAAGAUGAGAUGGCGCAGAGCUUUUCAGACUAUUCAAUGGAGUCCGAAUCAGACAGCUCCAAAGAGGAGACCAUCUACGACACCAUCAGGGCCACGGCCGAGCGUCCAACCAGCAGGCUGGAGGAUAUCCAGACCAACACUAUGGUCAUCCGGAUUGUAAUUCCUGAUCUUCAGCAAACGAAAUGUAUCCGCUUUAACCCCAAUGCCACUGUUUGGGUGGCAAAGCAGAGGAUCUUAUGUAAUCUCAACAUGAGCCUGAAGGAUGUUCUCAACUACGGUCUUUAUCAGCCUUAUAGCAAUGGGAGAGAUGGAAAGUUCUUGGAUGAAGAACGACUUCUGCGGGAAUAUCCUCAACCUAUGAGCAGAGGCGUACCUUCCUUGGAGUUUCGGUAUAAGAAAAGAUUGUACAAGCAAUCCAGUGUUGAUGAGAAACAGAUUGCUAAGCUGCACACCAAGGCUAAUAUGCGGAAAUUUAUGGAUUACAUUCAGCACUGUUCAGUAGAGAAAGUCUGCAAAAUGUUAGAUCGGGGAUUAGACCCAAAUUACCAUGAUACGGAAACUGGCGAGACUCCACUGUCUCUCGCCUCCCAGCUGGACAACUCUGUAGAAGUCAUAAAAGCUCUUCGCAACGGUGGCGCUCACCUGGACUUCCGGAGCAAGGAAGGAAUGACUGCGCUGCACAAAGCUGCCCGAGCAAGGACACAAACAGCCCUUGUGACUCUGUUGGAGUUAGGAGCUUCCCCCGACUACAAGGACAGCCGAGGACUGACCCCCCUGUACCACACCGCCAUGGUGGGGGGAGACCCCUACUGCUGUGAACUCUUGCUGCACGAACAUGCCAUGGUGGGGUGCAAAGACGAGAACGGCUGGCAGGAGAUCCACCAGGCUUGUCGAUACGGCCAUUACCAACAUCUGGAGCACUUACUGUUCUAUGGAGCAAACAUGGGGGCUCAGAACGCGUCCGGAAACACUGCGCUUCACAUCUGUGCUCUGUACAAUCAGGACAGCUGUGCACGGGUCUUGCUGUUCAGAGGAGCUAACAAGGAGAUAAAGAAUUACAACAGCCAGUCCCCUUUCCAGGUCGCUAUAAUAGCCGGGAACUUCGAGCUCGCCGAGUUUAUUAAGAACCACAAAGAAACUGAUAUCGUGCCGUUCAGGGAAGCGCCCAGCUACUCUCAUCGGAGAAGGGGGCCGCAGCACACCUUGACAGCACCCAGAGUCCUCCUCCGUUCAAACAGCGACAACAACCUGAACGUGAACAAUAUCCCUGAGUGGUCCGCCGCCUCAGCCUCUUUACACCGCAGCCUCUCACCCCAGCUAUUGCAACAGAUGCAGAAUAAUCCAAAUGGAACUGUGAAAACUAUUGGGAGCUAUUCCCAAGUACCACGGAGCCGCUCACCUUCCCUGAACCGCCUAGGAGAGGAUGCAAAGAGACAGCAGCACAGACACGUCAGUCCUGGUCCCAACAAGGAGGUGGCCACUGCUGUGGAUUACCAAGGUCCAAAGCGCAAGCUGUACAGUGCAUUACCCGGGAGGCAUUUUAUUGUGGUAAAACCGUAUCAACCUCAAGGAGAAGGCGAGAUUCCACUGCACAAGGGUGACAGGAUUAGGGUUUUAAGCAUUGGAGAAGGAGGAUUCUGGGAAGGGAACGCCAGGGGACAUGUUGGAUGGUUUCCUGCAGAAUGCGUGGAAGAAGUUCAGCCCAAGCCAAAUGAAGGACGACAAGAAACGCGGACUGACAGGACGAAGAAGUUGUUUCGACACUACACUGUUGGGUCUUAUGACAGUUUUGAUGCUUCCAGUGACUGCAUUAUUGAAGAGAAGACGGUGGUUCUACAGAAGAAGGACAAUGAAGGCUUCGGCUUCGUCCUCAGGGGGGCUAAAGCGGAUACUCCGAUUGAGGAAUUUAACCCUACGCCGGCCUUCCCUGCGCUGCAGUACCUCGAAUCUGUGGAUGAGGACGGAGUGGCUUGGCAAGCCGGCCUGAGGACUGGAGACUUCCUGAUCGAGGUAAACAAUGAGAAUGUGGUGAAAGUCGGGCACAGGCAAGUGGUUAACAUGAUCAGGCACGGGGGCAACCACCUUGUUCUUAAGGUGGUAACGGUGACCAGGAGUCUGGACCCGGAUGAUACGGCCAGGAAGAAAGCCCCUCCACCUCCAAAGCGGGCUCCCACCACUGCACUGUCACUGCGGUCUAAAUCUAUGACCUCUGAACUGGAAGAACUUGCAGUGGAUAAAGCAUCGGUUCGGAAAAAAAAGGAUGUUCAGCUGUCAGAUGUUGAGUGUUUGAAGAGGAGGAUUGUAAUUCGCGUUACACUAAAUAAAACUGAGGACUCUGCCCCCAUAUCCAAGCCUUUAAGACCUGUGGACAACGCGCCAUUAGACUCUAGGGUGGCCACGAUUAAACAGCGUCCAUCCAGUAGAUGCUUCCCUUCUGCUAUGGAAACAAAUUCAAUGUUUGAUAGGCAGGGUAUCGCUGUUAUGCCGCCCAUUGUUCCAGGAAGCCCCCAUGGUCCUUUUCUGGGUAUACCUCGUGGCACUAUGCGAAGGCAAAAAUCAAUAGACAGCAGAAUCACUCUGUCAGGGAUAACUGAAGAAGAAAGGCAAUUCCUGGCACCUCCAAUGUUAAAGUUUACAAGAAGCUUAUCCAUGCCAGAUGCUUCGGAAGAUAUCCCACCCCCUCCAGCAACUUUACCUCCAUCACCGCCUCCUCCAUCACCCUCACCAUUUAAUUCACCUAAGUCUCCAACCACAAGAGGAUACGGAACCAUCAAGCCCGCCUUCAACCAGAAUACCGCUGCAAAGUCUCCUUUACCGGCUGUUCGAGCCGAUAACAUGGGAACAAUAAUGAGAGAUAAGGGCAUGUAUUACAGACGCGAGUCAGAUAGGUUUUCAUUAGACUCUGAAGAUCUGUAUAGUUCUAAAAAGUCAACCCAGCAGAACUUUGUAAAUAAAAGAGGCCAGUUACCAGAAAACCCUUACUCAGAAGUUGGAAAAUUAGGGAAUAAAGGUGUAUUUGUGCCAGCCAAGCCUGCCAGGCGGAAGGGUAUGCUGGUGAAACAGUCGAAUGUGGAAGAUAGCCCGGAGAAAACUUGUUCCAUCCCCAUCCCAACCAUCAUCAUCAAGGAACCCUCAACAAGCAGCAGCGGGAAGAGCAGCCAGGGAAGUAGCAUGGAGACAGACCUGCAAGCCUCGGAGCAGCAAGGACAGCUAAGGCCGGAUGACUCUCUAAACGUUAGCAGUCCAUUUGCUGCAGCCAUUGCUGGAGCAGUGAGGGACAGAGAGAAAAGGUUAGAGGCCAAACGAAACUCUCCUGCUUUCUUGUCUACAGACCUGGGAGACGAAAGUGUUGGACCUACACCCAGUCCCAGAUUACGACACUCCAAGUCCAUUGACGAGGGGAUGUUUUGUAAUGAAGAGAGCUUUAAACAAUUCAUAGGUCCAUCUUCUCUGAUUUUAAAUAGAACAGCCAAUGCAUUUGGAAACAAUGGGGAGGCAAACAACGUGAGAUCAGCAAAGGGGAAAGGGCAGGAAAACAACACAAGUAGAGGGAUUUCUGGAAAUUACAUGCAUCCAGUUACGGGAAAGUUACUAGAUCCUAACUCACCGCUGGCAUUGGCAUUAGCAGCUAGAGACAGAGCUAUGAAAGAGCAAAGUCAACCCAGCCCUAGCCCUACGGAAACCGACAAGUCUGAUCUCAACAAGCCCCUUUUCAUCGAUACGAAGCUUCGCCCUAAUGCAGAAAGUUCAUUUCCCGCUGCGGCUGGCAGUAGCAGUAGGCAAAAUCAACGUGGUGUGUUAAAAAGACAGGAGACAGAAAGUAAACAUGACACGGAAGCAGUAAAGGAAGAAAAGCGCCAUGAAGAUAAAAAGAAUAUGCUGAUCAACAUCAUGGACACCUCGCAGCAGAAGACUGCCGGGUUGCUUAUGGUGCAUACGGUAGACUCCACCAAAGCAGAGGAUGUACUUAUUGAUAGUGAAGACAUGGACAAAGAGGUCUCUCCGGAGGAACCCACCACAGCAACUCCAGCAGCAGAGCCAAAUGAUAAUGUAGAAAAUGCACUACCUAAAACAAGCGAUGCCAUCCCGCCAGCUCUCCCCAAUAAAGCCAUUGUAUCUUUAUGCUCAGUGGAUGAACCGGUCCUCCUACCAUUCCGCAUCCCUCCUCCACCUUUUGCCUCAAUAGACGUAGACGAGGACUUUAUCUUCACUGAGCCCCUGCCGCCUCCUCUUGAAUUUGCCAACAGUUUUGAUAUCCCAGAGGAUGUCUCUGCACUGCCACCACCUACUCUGGCAGACUUGUUGAUGCAGAGGAAAAAUGGCACCCUCCCCCAUGGUUCAUAUAAUCCCAAUGUUGCCUCUAAUUCCUUAGAAAGUAAAAAGCCUGGGGCUCUGUCGAACUGCCUGCCUGCCUCGUACAUGCAACACCCAGAAAGUUUCGAUAACGUCACAGACUCUGGGAUCGAGGAGGUGGACAGCCGCAGUGGCAGUGACCACCACUUAGAGACGACAAGCACUAUUUCCACCGUCUCCAGCAUAUCUACCUUAUCCUCAGAGGGUGGCGAAAAUUUGGACACAUGUACAGUCUAUGCAGAUGGGCAAGCGUUUCUAGUGGACAAGCCCCCAGUACCUCCAAAGCCAAAAGUGAAGCCCGUAAUCAACAAAAGCAAUGCACUUUAUAAGGACGCCGUCCUGGAAGAAAACAUGGACACUUUUGUUAUCCCUCCCCCUGCUCCGCCUCCUCCCCCACUAGGGUUGCAGACCAGUAUAUCCAAAGCUGGGCAACUAAGGACCUCCAAGCUAUGGGGUGAUGCCCCAGAGGUGAAAAGCCUAGUCAUGCCAAGUCCCAAAGCCAAUGUUAUUAGUGAAUUAAAUUCCAUUUUGCAACAAAUGAACAGAGAAAAGGCCACAAAGCAAGGGGAAGGAUUAGACUCGCCAACUGGAAUGAAAACGGCAAGUUUCAGCACAAGGGGCUCAGAUGCAUUGAGUACUGUCUCAGGAAACAGAAACACCACAGUCACUUUUACUGUCCGUCCUGGAGCAAACCAGCCAAUCACUCUGCAGAACAGGACACCUGACUUCGACGGCAGGAUCUCCGGGAUGAGACGAGCUCCGAGUCCUAUAGUAUCUCCCGCCGAGAUCGCCAGAGAUAUCAAGCCUGGUCCUCUAUCUGCUCCACCCGCCUCCAUUUCUGAUGUCUUUGUUCUACCAACUCCGCCCCCAACAGGGGAUCUUUUCGGGAUGAACAUGGGGAGAAGCAGGUCCCCCUCCCCGUCAAUUUUACAACAGCAGCCAAUUUCCAAUAAGCCUUUUUCAGCAAAGCCUGUCCACAUGUGGACUAAACAAGAUGUCGCCGACUGGCUGGAAAGCCUACACCUGGGAGAACAUAAGGAGAUGUUUAUGGACAAUGAAAUUGACGGAACCCACCUACCAAGCCUUCAGAAAGAAGAUUUGAUAGAUCUCGGGGUGACACGAGUAGGCCAUCGGAUGAACAUAGAACGAGCAUUAAAGCAACUCUUGGACAGAUAGAAGUACCUUGUGUUACCUCUUCGUUUUCCUUUCCCGACAGUAAAAAAAAUAAAAAUUUUCUUAAAAAAGGGGCCCUUAUGGAGAAUCCUAAUUUAAUUCUCUUUCUAUACUGCAAGUUUAAAUAGCUGUACAGAUAAAUUCAUAAGCACAAUAUUUUAAGGAGAUAAGUGGCUGGUCUACUGGGCAGCCUUUGUGCCACUUUAAUUGUAGAAAGAAAAAAAAUGGAAAUGAAAAACUUUUUUGAUUUAAUAAUACUAUUUCUGUGGAAUAAAUAUUUGGAGAAAAAAAAAAGCAAAAAAAAAAAAAAUAUACAAUGAAACAUUAGUUCAACCUUUUUAAAAAAACAAAUCUAGAAAAAAAAUCCGCCUCGUUUGAAUGCAUCUGAACCAGCUGAGCUGAGUCGUAUUUUCUACCUUUAUAGAACGUCUUUGCGGAAGAAUGAAUUUUUCUUCAGAAGUGGGUACGGAUAACGCAGCGGUUACUGAACAUAUAUAUAUAUAUAUAUAUAUAUAUACAGAGAGAGAGAAGAAAUUAACUCAAAUCCCUAAUGGAAGCAAGUCAUGUACUCCCUUUUCAGCAUCAGAGAGGCCUCUGAAUUUUUUUUUUUCUUCUGCCUGGGUGACCGAGACCCCCCCCCUUCCCCCGGGCCACUCUGAGACUGGAUGGGAUUGUAGAUCUUACGUGGUAAUAUUUUGCAGGUACUGAUUUGUAUCAAAGUUUAAACUUAUUAUUGUAAUAAAGUAAAAAAAAAAAGUACCAAAAAAAAAAAAUUGCCCAAAAAAAAGAAAAAACUGUUUCUGGUUGUUUCCCAUUUUAUUCAGCCGGGCCAAGACGGUACCUACAAAAGUAAAUUAAACCACAAAAAAGUAUUUUUUAUUACCUUUUUUUUUUUUUAUUGCCCUCAGUCUGUUACGUAGUGGAACUUCUCAACUCUGUUACGGAGUAGAAAUGGUUCUUUAGCCAUCAUUGUCUUCCACUUGAUAAUUUUAGAAGAUAUAGUCAGAAGGGCCGUGCUAUUUUUUUGUAUUGAAUGAAUAUGGUAUUACCUCUUUAUGACGUGCCAGUUAUUGUUUGACGUUUGCUCGUGUUUUAAAGUCGUCGCUGUAGGAAGAGGCGACUAGGGGAGACAAUAAGAUCGAUACGUUUGCCUUUACGUUAAGUUUAAAGGGGUCUUCCAAAGGAAGAAAAAUAUUUUAAAUCAACUGGUGCCAGAAAGUUAUACAGAUUUGUAAAUUACGUCUAUAUAAAAAUCCUAAUCCUUCCAGUACAUAUCAGCUGCUGUAUGCUCCAGAGGAAGUUGCAUAGUUCUUUCCAGUCUGACCACAGUGCUCUCUGCUGACACCUCUGUCAGUGUCAGGAACUGUCCAGAGCAGGAGAGGUCUGCUAUGGGGAUUUGCUCCUACUCUGGACAGUUCCUGACAUGGUCAGACUGGAAAGAACUACACAACUUCCUCUGGAGCAUACAGCAGCUAAGUACUGGAAGGAUUAAGACAAAUCUGUAUAACUUUCUGGCACCUGUUGAUUUGAAAAAUAUUUGUUUUCUCCAGAUUGCCACUUUAAAUCAACCCAUCGCCUAAACUCAGGAAGGGCAGCCAUUUUUUAAGCUGCUUUGGUUUACCCAUAAGAUAACUGUCAGCUGAAUGUUCAUUUGGCCAUCAGCCAGGGAGGUAACUAUAGCGGGUGCAGAAGUAGGAGUCGCAUUGGGGCCCUGGUGCCUAAUGGGGCCCCAAAGCACAUCUGCCCCACAAGAGGCCAAUAUUAUAAAUGGCACAAAGCCAUGUAACCACCAGUGAUCACGCCGAUUGCCGAUUCUUUACUAUAGGAACAUUUCUAUAGUAGGCUUUGACUGGCUGAGCUUAUCAGUUCACUCCAUGCCUCAGGGUUUCUGGUGAAUGUAUAGACCAGUGUUCCCCAACCCAGGUGCCUCCAGCUGUUGCAAAGCUAUAACUCCCAGCAUGCCCAGACAGCAGAAGGCUGUCCGGGCCCGCUAGCAGUUGUAGUUUUGCAACAGCUGGAGGCUUCCUGGUUGGAAAACACUGGUAAAGGCCAUAUAUUAACCUAUAAAAUGUCUGCUUCAUUGGGUGUUGGCGAUGGGCCACUUUAGAAACAGUGAGGACCCUCGAAUGGAUGUGUAUUGUUUUAUUUGUUUGUUACUCGAGUAUGUUUUGGUUUUUUUUCUUCUUUUUUUUCCAGGCUCCUAACACAAAUCUGUAUUUACUAGAAACACGAUGAACAUUUAAAAGAGCUAAAUAUAUAUAUCUCUAUAUAUAGUCUAUUUUUACAUGGUGUCUGACGUGUCUGAAGAAUGUAUGGGGCGUAAAGUGAUCGUCCAUAUUUGCUAUUAAAAAGUAUAAAUUUACAAAACCUAAAUAUAAAAAAAUAAAGUUGCCAUAAAUACUUAGUAUAUGACCUAUAUACGGCAAGUUUCACAGGCCCGCCCGGGUUACACAGCAGUCAACAGUGACCACCGACCCACGGCCCACUCCUCUGAGGAGAUUGUAUAGAUGGACAGAAGAUGAUGAUGUCACCGGGGGGGACUUGAGGCUUAGAAUUUUUUAGUUAAAUAGUGUAAUUUAAGAGUUUUUUUUUCCCUGACAUAUAUAGUUUAUGUAAUUUCUGUGUAUACGACACCAAAAUUUUACAAAGAAAAAAAUAUAUCUUGUAAAUUGUGUAAAUCUUGCACAGCUGCCAGUGACGGAGAGAUUAUGUGAUUCUCCAUGGGUUAUUUUGUUAUAUUCUACAAAUGACUAGGUGUGACUGUUGAUUUAUUACAUCACAGGGGGAGGGUAAUGUUUUUAUUUACACUUUUUUUUUUUGCUUCUAUGCCUCCCCGUGAUAACUUGUUUUAUUAAAUAAAAAUAAAUUUGGAGAGGGUGAAAUCUGCAGAACAUGAAAUUUUUUUAUUUGGAUUCAACCACAUCAGAGCCGACCCUUAGCACAGGUGCCCCCCAACAACAACAAAAUGCUUUUUUAAAGUGCGUCUGUUGCUCUAGUUUGUGUUACUGCUUGUGUUCACAUUGUUGUUGUUUUUUUAAGUUUUAUUUAUACAUUUUUUAAAGAAUAGUAAUAAACAAAACAAUACAGGCAGGAGGCCCACAGGAGUGACCACAAGGCAAGGAUAACAAGUUCCAAGAACAGAUGAAUGGGAUCAGACAGGCAAAGUCUACAUAAUAAAUUGUAUCAGAAGAGUCCCAUGUCGUUCUUACAAUACCCCAAAGGAAUAGUCCCAGCCCAUGCAGCUCCCAGCAAGAACAAGCCCAGCAAACAAACAACCAUACACUCACGCACACAACACUGGGGGCGCCCACCCUCCACUCCUCUAUGACAACUUACAAUAAUAAGCCCACUAAGUCUGUGACCUAGAUCUAACCAGAGGAUCAGCUGAAGCCUCCAGCCGCAACCAAGAUGACCACACCUUAUCAAACUUUUGCGUACAACCACGACUUAUGUACAAGGCACGAUACAAGGGGACAUACUUAUUAACCAAGGCCACCCAACGGGAAAGCGGGGGAGUAACAGUAUCUUCCCAGGCCAUGAUGACUACUUUGCGAGCACAGAAAAGAAGGAAACGGACUAAGAGACGCCUAUGCGUUCCAGACUCCCACCCAUUAAGAACACCCAACAGACACACCUCUGGGGCAUAAACAUACAGAAACCCAAGUUGAUCUGACAAAAACUUCAAUACCUCCUUCCAGAAGGGAACCACACAUUGGCAUUCCCACACAGCAUGUAAAAGCGAGCCCCUGUGAAUACAUCGGAAGCAACUAUCGGAAAGCGAAACCCCCACACGAAGCAAGCGGACGGGCGCAUAAUACAGGCGGGGAAUGAGACAAAACUGAAUAAGGAGAUCACGGGCACUAACUACAAUAGGAUAGUAGGACAGCACUACCUCCUUCCACUGUUCCUCCGACAGGCCUGGUAUAUUCUCCACCCAUUUUGGAUAAGCCAGAGCAAAAGGAUCUGGUUCCACAGUUUGAAACAACCAAUACACCUGCCUAAGUGGUUUGGCAAGGUCGGUGGUACCCAGCAGCAGUUCAACAUCAGAAAAAGCAGGAGCUACAUCCAAAGAGGCAAACUACGCAUGAAUCGCAUGUCUAAGUUGAAGAUACCUAAAAUAGGCACUUCUAGGGAUAUUAAAUCUGGUCUGCAUAGCAGAAAAGGAAGGAAAUACACCCUCCUCAAAUAGGUGCAUAGCAAACUUGACUCCAUGUGAUCUCUAGAAUCCGGCCACCUCUAACCCCUGAAGGUGUGCCAAAUUUGGGUUAGCCCAUAGGGGUGCUCAAGGAGACACUACCGGCAGUGGAAAGCGAGCUGAGACCACCGACCAGACCAACGCCGCCACUUUGAUAGGACCCAACAAGGAGGAAUACCUGUAUAGCGUAUUAGUCAAGGACUCAUAAGACCCUAUAAUGCCGUUGCUGCAUUAGAGAGAUCCAGGUCAAUCCACCAUGCCACGUACACCAGCUGUGAAGCAAGAAAAUAACGAUACAUAUUCAGAGCUGCAAGACCACCUCAUUGCCUUGGCACCUGGAGAAGAGCCUGACUCAGUCUCGGGGGUCUAUCCUGCCAGUAGAAGGUUAUCUGAAUAGCAUUCAGUUGUUUAAAGAACCAUUUAGGAGGAACAAUAAGAUAAAGAUGAAAGAGAUAGAGAAACUUAGGAAGGUAGAUCAUUUUAAAUAUGUUCACCCGACCUGCUAAUGAUAGAGGCAAAGAGGACUCACCCCGCAGUCUGGUCGCAGUAAGCGUCAACAAGGGCACCAGAUUAAGGUCCAUAAAGGAACCCUGUGAGACAGAUGCCUCCACCCCCAAAUAAUGAAAACCCUCCACCAACCGAAGGCCCUGAGGAAGAGAUGGCGGGAGAACAACGCUCCUAGAUAAAGGCAUCAAAGAGGAUUUGGCCCAAUUAACACGUAACCCAAAAAAGGAACCAAAGGUGUCAAGAAGGUCAAACAAAGCCACUAAUGAGGCAUCAGCAUCCGCUAGAUAGACUAAGGUAUCAUCAGCGUACAGAGACCUUCUCCUCCAAGGACCCCCUCCAAAUACCAUGAAUAGACCCAGAGACCGGAUCGCCGCCGCUAAUGGCUCUACCGCCAGAGCAAGCCCUGCCGAGUAGAACUGCCUAGAGGGAAAGAGUUAGAUUAGUACGGAUGCGGGCCCUUGGCUGAUCAUACAACAGCCUAAUCCAAUUUCCAAUGCGAGGUCCGAAUCGGAGGGCACGCAGUAGGCGCCAAAGAUAACUCCAUUCAACUGAAUCAAAGGCCUUAUAGCUGGCCACGAAUCCUGCAGAUACAUCACCCUCCGAGGCAGAUAAAUUGAGAAGAAGCCUUUUAACGUUAACAUCAGUAGCCCUACCUGGCAUAAAUCGCGUUAGGUAAGGGUGAACAAGGGAAGUAAUAACCCCAUUAAGCCUAUUUGCAAGUAUUUUCGCAAGAAUCUUGACAUCUACAUUUAAAAGGGAAAUAGGACGGUAGGAGUCCAGCAAAGUCUGAUCCUUCCCGGGAUUAAGGAUAACAACAAUCAAGGCCUCUCUCAUAGAGUCAGGGAGUCUCCUCAUUUCAUAAGUAGCAUUAUAUUAUUUGAGCAAUAUAGGGAUUAGCUUCUCGUUUACCCCAUACCAGGUCCCAACCAUCCAAGUCUGGGGUCUUCCCAGAGGUCAGCUCCUUAAUUGCCUGAGACACCCCCUCAAACGUAAAAGGAGCAUCAAGAGCGGAAGCCUGAGAAGGAGUAAGGGAGGAAAGAGAAAGACCUGCCAAAAAUGGACCCAAACCUCCUGGAACACUAGAAUAACUAGAAGAAUAUAAAUCACUAUAAAAGGCCUUAAAAACCCCAUCAACCACCACAGGAUCUCGGACUAAGACGCCAUCCAUUCCACAGAUACAGGGAAUAGACGACACCGGUCUAGUCUCCUUCGCCAAAUAGGCCUUCCGUUCCUAUCCCCAAACUCAAAUAAGGCAGCCUCCCUAUCAACCAAUUUCAACUGUACCCGAUCUUUUUGCAAAAUCAAUAAUGAUCUCUGUGCCUUGGCCCACGCUUGUUCAACCUGGGGAGAGGGAUCUCUAACCAUCGUCGCUUCCAGCACCCCUAUCUCAGUCUGUAGGGCACUUUCCGUAGCUGCAUGAAGGGUCCUUUGGCCAGCCACCCCUGCUGUAAAAGCCCCUCUCAUAGUCGCCUUAUAGGGAUCUGGAUGAUCCCCAUUAUAACUAGAAUGUGCCUCCUCCAUAGCCCCAGAAACCGGUUAAGCACAAAGCCACCCAGGGUCCAUACGCCAGAGUUUAGAGGAAGAGUCCAGGCUUACCAGAGGCAGUAGGUCAGCAGAGGCAUAUGCAAGGUCAAUUCUGGAAAAGGACUUGUGCACCGCAGAGUAAAAGGAAAAGCCCUAGUCAGUCGAAUACUUCCAUCUAUAGACUUUGGUGAGAGCCAACGCCAGACACCAAGAUGCAAGCUGAAGAGAGCCAGGGUCCGAGGCAUUAGUGCGAUCAAGCAGUGGGUCAGGAACAGCAUUAAAGUCACCUAUAAAUUGGACAGGGUCAGCAAGAAAGGUAAGCAAUUUACCAGUAAUUACAUCCAACACCUCCAUCCUAAAAGGAGGAGGGACAUACAAGGACAGCAAAGGCCCAAAUGGUCACAGGCCACCUGGAUGAUCUCCAUAGGCAACGCUUUAAACACCAGAACCGACACCACUCUAGCAGAAGUGGAUUAGGUGGCAUGAUAACCCCUGGCUACCCAUUACCCAUGCCCUCUUAAGGGCAAACACCUUCUGACCCGUAAGAUGAGUUUCCUAAACAGAACUACAGUCAAGGGGAAGCUAGCUCUAGCUAAGACGACAAUCCAGCACCACCCCCCCCCCCCCCCAACCAAAGAACUAUAGGGAACAACUAAUCCACCUAAGGCCAAUACCCUUGUGACUGAAAGCCCUAGGGGAGCAGGAACCUAGGAAAGACCCUAAAGAGGGAACCCCUAACUCCUGGACUAACUAAAUAAGUCCUGUAGCAGUAGAGUUCAGUCCGGAGAUUGAGCAGGUGGCGCAGCAUCCACCCACUGCAGAGCAUCAGAAGGAGAGGUGAAGAACUUCGUAGACUUGCCAUCCACCACUCGCAGCCGUGUCGGGAACAGCAUAGCAUACUGCUAUCCUUUGGACCUAAAGCCCUGGGUAAAAGGCCACUCUGGCACCGUUGAAAAGAACUUAAUUCUUAAUGCGUACCGCUCUCAGGAUAUCGUCUCUGUCGCUGCAGUGCAACAAUUUUGCCAGAAAGGGUCUAGGAGGACCUCCAGGUGGGGAGGUCUGCCAGGGACCCUAUGCACCCGCUCCAUUGAGAAGUAAGGAGAAAAAGUAUCGGAAGCAGGAGCUCCUUAAGCCAGGAUUCAACGAAAGCAACAGUUUUAGCACCCUCCGCUCUCUCCGGGAGGCCAACCAAUCAGCCAGUCCUUUCAUCUGGGGCUGGAGAGUAGCUGUUUGAUGAGGAAUUGGCUGCAAUGUAUCCUCCACUCCACCCUGCGCUCCACCUCCGUGGUGCGUUCUCUGAUCUCCUAGGUUUCAUGGUGCAGAAUUACAAAGUCUUGCCUCAGUUCAUCAACCCUGGAAAGCAUUAUCGUUUAGCAUGUUGUAAUGGCCACCAGUACCUCGGCAAAUUUAUGGUCAAUAUCCGAGGCAGUAUAGGAAGAUCAGACCGGAGAACAGGGCUGUUGGGGACUGUCAGGACCCUCAAACAGAGGAAAUGAUGGUUCAGGAGAAGCCAGGCCCGAGUGGUCCUGGGCCCUGGAGUAUUGACUGAGCAUUUUAACCGCAUGGGCUGGCACUUCAGAUGUUAGAGGAGUAGGUACACAUGAGUCCCUGUGGGAAAGUCCACCGGACCGCUGAGAACCUUCAUCAGGGAAGUUGUCAUCCUCAGUGGAUUGCUGGGCAACCUUUAACUUUUUAGCUUCGUUGAAGGAGCCCACCAUAGCAACACAGAGGGUAGGCAGUGAUAAGUAGAGAGUAGACAUAAGAGGAGAAGGACAGAUGGUGUCCCACAGGCAGCACUAUCAACAAGGCAGCAGACCAGCACCAAGGGGAAGAACCACAAGGUUCAGCAGACUGACAGUUAAAAGCUCCAGAGCAGGGUAGAGGCACAGCAGCACAAGACACUGACAGACAGGCACAGCAGAGGAGGUUCCACCUCACUGUUGGGAGACGAUAAGCAGAGGCCCCGACCGGGAGGGUAGGACUCUCCCACCACUAGCACUAAUCCAGAUGACCAUUGAGUGUUCCACCACAGGCAGGGCAGCAGCAGCCAACCACUCCAGCAAGGCCAGGUGAGUUGCGGACCCUCAGGAUAGGUAUUUCAGUUCUCUCAGUCCAGCAUGCAGGCCACACCCCCUGUGUUCACAUGUUAAUGUUGCUGUAUUUUCUGUUCUUUUAAUUCUAAUGAUCAAGAACAAAUUGGAAAAUGAAAAAACUACUGUAAUUGCACUCCCCCCCCAAAAUCCUCAAACACUAUUGUAUGGUAACCAAAUUACUGUAAGAAAAUAAAUCUCAUUUUGCACUAAGA